UUUUCAUUUUUCACGUUUUUCUUCCCGCUUCAUUUUCCCUCUCAUUUUCUCUAUCACUCAAACGGCCCACUAAACCCUUCUUCCCCUAGUUUCUGCAAAUUCCUCCACCACUCAGAUUUCUAGGGUUUCCGGAGAAUUCCUCAGAAUCGCACUAUUUUCCCGAAUAGUAAUCUCUUGCUGAAAUUUUGAUGGUGGUGCAAAGUUUGGCCAUUCUGAUCUCUGAAUUCUCAAAAAGGCGAGGGUGAUGGUUUUGGAUAAACCGAUGAAUGAUGCAGGAAUGGGGAUAGAUUAGUUUGCGGUGCUUAUACUCUAUUGGGGUGAAUCCCGGCGUUCUAGAAUAUAAAUCGACUAUGGAGUGUAACAAAGAGGAGGCUUUCAGGGCAAUGCAACUUGCAGAAAAGAAGAUGCAGGCCCAUGAUUUUUCAGGGGCGCAGAAGAUUGGUCAAAAGGCUCAACGAUUAUUUCCUGAUCUCGAGAACAUUUCUCAGUUGCUUAUGGUCUGCGAAGUUCACUGUUCGGCGCAAGUUAAAAUUGGUGGGACUGAAAUGGACUGGUAUAGAAUUCUUCAGACUGAACAGACAGUUGAUGCUGUAACCAUUAAGAAACAAUACAGAAAGCUCGCGUUGUUACUUCAUCCGGACAAGAACAAGUUUGCUGGUGCCGAGGCUGCUUUUAAGUUGAUUGGUGAGGCGAACAGGGUGCUCUCAGAUCAACCAAACCGUUCUGGUUAUGACAUGAGAUACCGAGCUUUAGUGAAGACUGCUAGUUCUAGACCGUCACGUCAUCAACCAAAAGGGAACUCAUUUGCUCAGAAACAGCAUAGUGCUGUGAAUAAUUUUCAGAAUCAUCCCUGUCCACAAUCUACUGGUUGGUAUUGGCAUCAGCAGGCACAGUCACAAACUUUUUGGACAUGUUGCUCCUCUUGCAAUACGAGGUAUCAAUACUACAGAGAUUGUGUGAAUAAGACGUUAAUGUGUCAAAGUUGCUACAAAAGUUUUGUUGCCCUUGAUUGGGGUAUAUCAGGGCCAGGAUCCUUUUGGGGUCAAUUUCCGCAUGUGCAAGAGACUCCUAACCAGGGGCCUCCAAAUGUGGCAUCACAGGGUAGUAAUGUAAAGUCAUCUGUGGAAAGAUCUUCAAAUACAUUUGGUGGCUCACAACCAAUGUCAAAGACAGGAAGCGAGUCCAAGAUGGAAGAGACUCCUAAUCAGGGGCCUCCAAAUGUGGCAUCACAAGGUUGUAAUGGAAAGUCAUCUGUCGAAAGAUCUUCAAAUACAUUUGGUGGCUCACAACCAAUGUCAAAGACAGGAAGCGAGUCCAAGAUGGAAGAGAGAGAUAACGGGGAUGUGCCUGUUCCGAAGCAAGGGGUUGGAAUGCCUUAUCAUGAUUCCGUCAAGUCUAAGAAACCAGAUUCUUCUAAAAAAUUGAUUAGAAAGAGGGGGAGGAAGUUGACUGUGGAAUCCAGUGAGAGUUAUAUGACUGAAAGUGAAGAUGAUGUUAGGGAAGAUAAUGUUGCUGACUCUUCUGCAGCGAAUGAAGGUCAUCCUCGUAGGAGAUCUUCAAGACAGAAGCAGAAUGUUUCCUACAAGUACAAUUUGAGUGAUGAUGAUGAUUUUGUGAGUCCUCCAAAGAGGUCGUGGGUGAGCAAUUCAUCCGAUGUUAGUAAAGAGAGUACUAGAAAUUCUUCUGAAAAAGGUGGGAUAGCUAAUGAUGAUUUGCCAGCUCAAGCAGAGUUUUCCAGUGUUCCCCUUGAAGAAAGUUCGACAAUCAAGAAGAACAGAGCUCGUAAAUCUGAGGUUAAGGGAAAGGAAGCAGACAUAUUUGAUCACCCCGGCCAAAAGUCAAAAACCAAUGAUGAUUCUGAGUUGAAGUCAAAUGAAGCAGCAGUUCCAGAGAGUUUUUCAUCCCCGGAUCCUGAGUUUAAUGAUUUUGAUAAGGGGAAGGCAGAAAGCUGUUUUGCUGUUAACCAAACUUGGGCUAUUUAUGAUGCAGUAGAUUGUAUGCCAAGAUUCUAUGCUCGUAUCAAGAAAGUGUUCUUCCCUGAAUUUAAGCUGAAGAUCACUUGGCUGGAGGCGAAUCCAGAUAACAAAGUUGAGAUUGAUUGGUGUGAUAAGGAGUUGCCAGUUGCUUGUGGGAAGUACGUACUUGGGGACACUCAGAUGGCAGAUCACAAUAUGUUUUCUCAUCAGAUGCACUGCAUAAAAGGCAGUGGACGAAAUACUUUCGUGGUAUAUCCCAUGAAGGGAGAAACAUGGGCUCUCUUCCAGAAUUGGGGUAUUAAUUGGAGUACUGAGCCUCAAAAGCAUCAACCGUUCAAGUUUGAUUUUGUGGAAGUCCUGUCAGACUUUGUUGAGGAUGCUGGUGUACAUGUAGCUUAUUUAGGGAGACUGAAAGGGUUUGUUAGCGUAUUUCAACAAACUGAGCAACAUGGAAUUUUUUCAUUCCAAAUUCCACCUAAUGAGAUGUACAGAUUUUCUCAUCGAGUUCCCUCUUUUAGAUUGUCAGGUGAGGAAAGAGAAGGCAUUCCCAAAGGAUCUUAUGAAUUAGAUCCUGCAUCAUUACCCCCCAGUUUAUUCGAGUCUGGUGAUGAUAACGAUGCAAAAAUGGACGGUGGAAGCAUCAAUGCCGGAAUCAAUGUCUCGUGUCCCAAGUCACAGAAAAGUGAGGCAGAAGAUGCAAGUGGUUUUGAGGGGAUUUCUGCAUCUGGGAAGCAUGAGAGAAGCAGCUUGAAGAAAGAGACUUCAUUGCCUAGAAAAUCUCCAAGAAAGUCAAAUAGUAAUGGUCAAACAGGUGGGAGCCAAGGGGUUGCUGUGGACAGUGGUAAGAAUGACCUAAGCAACGGAAAUGUACCUCUAUCAAAGAGAAGAGCCAGUGUGUGUCAGGCUGAUGAGGAGGGGAUCAACACGCCAAAGAAGCAGGGGAGAAAUCACGAAUCAGAGGCCUUUAAGCUUAGGAGAUCACCUAGGGAUGUAAGCAAACAAAAGAGUGAAGCAAAUGGUAAUCGGCUUACAAAUGAAGAAGUGUCUUCCAGGCAAACACAUUCCCAAAAAGAUGAAAACUCUGAUUUCUGCAGCCACACUACUAGUAGCUCCGCUGCGAAGACAAGUUCAAGUGUCAAAGACCCGAGUACUAAGAUAUCCGCAAAAUCUCCUGCUGUUGAACCAUCCAUAACUCCUAAUUGUAAUGUGCCACAAGCUGAAUGCUUUGACUUUACCGAGCAAAGGUCCAAGGAGAAGUUCAAGGUUGGUCAGAUAUGGGCCUUGCGCACUGAUGAGGAUGCAAAGCUGCUCGCGUAUGCUCUAGUUAAGAGGAUUCAGUCUACCCCAGAACUUCGGGUGCAUGUGGGUUUGCUUGAUCCGUGUUCACCACCUAAAGAUACAAGUCAUCCUGUUUGCUGUGGGAUUUUUAAAUUUAGAAACAAAGAAACCAAGGUGUUUUCACUUUCUUCGUUUUCCCAUUGUUUGAAUGCAAAACCCAUGGGCCUCAAUGUAUAUGAAAUCUACCCUAGGAAAGGUGAAAUUUGGGCGCUGCACAAGAGCCGGAACGGUGACUUGACUAGUCCUAGUCCGAAUAAGGGCAAGUGUGAUAUAGUGGAAGUGCUGGAAGAUAAUGACCAGAGCACAACGGUUGUUCUUCUUUUUCGUGUUAGUGGAUUCAAGUCAAUGUUCAAGGCUCCACGGAUCCAGAGAUCAAAAACUGGUGUGCUUGACAUACCACGUGCAGAGGUGGCUCGAUUUCUGCAUCAGAUUCCUGCAUUUCAACAUACAGGGGAGAGCGAUAGCCGCCUUGAUGGCUGUUGGGAGCUUGACCCGUCAUCGAUCCCUGUUAGCAUUGUUUGUUUAGAUUGAGGUUGGCAGUAGUAUAUUUUGUAUUCAUUUUGUUCUCUAUUGUUUGAUGUAAGCCGGAGGUUUUGCCAAGAUACUCAUUGGUUCUGCCAUCUGUGUUGUAAACCUGUGGCUUUUUGCACAAAGCACUAGAGAACAAAUGUAAUGCGGCAAAUAUCAUUUUGGAAUCACUGGUUUAGAAUCAUAGAACUCUAUGGCCAUUAAUUAUUGUUCACAAUACGUGGCAUCUGCUGGUGUUUUUUGUUAUGUAUGCUUAGCUGAGUUUUGCAUU